AAUAGAUAUAAAAGUGAAUGGAUAUUUGGGUUCCCGAGUCCAGCUAGUUCAGUCUUUAACACCGGUGCCAACGAGAUGGUGUUAACGGUGGAGUAUCGGAUACCUCUGCCUCUAACGGUGGAGGAAUAUAGGAUCGCACAGCUCUACAUGUUAGCGAAAAAGUCGAGGCAAGAGAGCCAUGGCGAAGGAAGUGGCGUUGAGAUCCUGGUCAAUGAGCCUUAUGAAAAUGGCCCUGGGCCGGACGGCAAAGGCCAAUACACCCAUAAAGUUUACCACGUUGGCAGCCAUUUACCAGGGUGGCUGAAAUCGCUCAUCCCAAAGUCAGCCCUGUCAGUCGAAGAGGAAGCAUGGAACGCUUAUCCCUACACCAAAACCCGCUUCACGUGUCCCUUUGUGGAGAAGUUUAGCAUUGAGGUGGAGACGUACUACCACAACGACGGGGGGCACCAGGAGAACGUCUUCAAGCUCUCCAAGUCGGAGAUGAAGCAGAGGGAAGUUGAUCUCAUUGAUGUUGUGCGAGACCAGUUGUAUGGAGCCGACUACAAGGAGGAAGAAGAUCCCCGUAAAUAUGUGUCACAAAAGACCAGCCGAGGACCCCUGGGAGAUAAUUGGAUUAAUGAUUACUGGGAUAUGUGCAAGGAUAAACCAACCCCCUUGCCUACAGGUGAGGCAAUUAUGUGUGCAUACAAGUUAUGCAAGGUAGAAUUCCGCUACUGGGGUAUGCAGACAAAAAUAGAAAAAUUUAUUCAUGAUGUUGCUCUUAGGAAGACCAUGCUCCGGGCUCACAGACAAGCUUGGGCCUGGAUGGACGAGUGGUGGGGGCUAACCAUAGAGGAUAUACGUAACAUUGAAAAGGAGACCCAGGAUCUUCUUGCUAAAAAAUAUGGUGCAGGGGAUGAUGAAGAGGGUGAGGAGGAGGAGGAGGAAGGUGACAGAGGAAAUGUUACACCGGAAGUUAAUGCAGACUUACCUCAGAGCCCCAGUGUUUCGUCUGAUAGAACCCCUAAUCUAGAACAGCUGAGUCAAAGCGAUUCAUUUAGGACUAGCAAUGAUUUAGGUGAGCGUCAUUUAUACGAAGAUGAGGAGGGAGUGGUAAAGGGAGGAAUGAAGAACAUAAAUAAUAAUAACAAUAAUAUGGAUGGAAAUGACAGUAGAAGAUUUUCGGGCACGAGUCCCAAGCUCAGAAGAAGGGAGCUGAACGUGAGCAUGGACAGUGUUCUCACAGACGAAACCAGGAAGAGAGGGUCUUGGUCAAGAAGUGGAUCUAGAAACACAUUAAAUUCUCAGAACCAAGCAAACUGGAGAAUGGAGAGUAUCAGAAGAGACUCAGAGUCUUCAGGAAGCGACGAAGAAUUCUUUGACUGCCAAGAAGACCUGGAGGAGACAGCUGCAUUACACAAGUGGAGUUCAUUAGAGCUUUUGCCUCAAGACAGUGAUACUCAGUCUACCAUCAGCCAGCCAGGUAAUGAAGCAGACAGUAUCUUCUCCCAGUCCUUUAUGUCAAGGGUGGCUGCCGAGCGCAGUCGGGUCCUGGGUCGCAGCAUGGAGGCCUCGGCACCAUCAUCCCCGUCCCACUCCCCCUCUCACCAGCCAGGUCCCUGCUCGAACACUGUCCUGCUCCUAGUCAUUCAUGCUGGAUCCGUCCUUGAUCCAAAUUCAGAUGUGAUGAACAAGAGAAGUGACUUGACCACCUUCAGGGGAGCCUUUGAAUCAGUGAUGAGGCAACAUUACCCGCAUAUGGUUGGACACGUUGCUGUGAGACUCGUUUCUGCCGCUCCUGUUUGUUCCGAUAGUCUUAAUGUGUUGUCAAGCUUAAGCCCAUAUGGCUUAGAUUCUUCUCCUGUGUGCGGUGAAACUUCUGGAGGUGACAGUGUACCCGUGGGAGCCGUGCCUCUGCUUGCCACUGCUACUCCUGAGUAUGAGGAUGCUGUAACGCGCACCCUCAAUGCCACCAAUGCUGCUUACCAUGAAUUCCUCAGGUCGGAAGAAGGGCAUGGAUUUAAUGGGCAGGUUUGCCUGAUUGGUGACAGCGUAGGUGGCAUCUUAGUAUAUGAUAUUCUUUGCCGUGUCCAUGAGCAACACAAGUACGGGAGCAAUAGCAACAUUCCUGAGGGAGAGCCUCCUUCCCCGGGUCAGUACUGCAAGCAGAAGCCUUCUCCAGCACAUCCUAGUUCCUCAUCUCUCUCCCCAGCGUCUCCUCCAUCAGGUUCUCCAGACCCUCCCCAGACCUCCUCCCCAGUCAUAUCUCCGUCCCCAUCUAUAACUGUUAGCAUUGACAAUGCUUUGACAAACCCCUCAGGUGAUGUAUUUAGUCCAACCCUCGACACAAAAUCCCUACAAUCACCCAGUAGCCCUCCUACACCUUCUAGCACACUGCAACAUACCGACACAGUGUAUUCAGCACAGACACUUAAUAACCCUCAGACUCCAUUGCGUAAGAUUUCUGCACCUUUGCCCGUGCCAGCACCUCAUGGCCAGGCUGUUAGAAAGUGUUCAGCACCUUGCAGUGUUCCCUGUAGUAGCACUGGGACUUUGGGCAACAGGGCAACUGGAGGACCUUGUAACAUGCCCACACCAUCACCACCAGGGGUUUCCACAACCUCUCCUAGUAACCCUAGUCAUUCUCAACACCCUUACCACCCACAUCACACUCCUGUGCAUCGUUUCCAUCUUCAGGGUAUUUGUAUCCCCCCUGAUGCCCUUCUUCCUGGGCCACUAAUCGAACGAAGAGGCGACGAAACUUCCGAGGGAUCAAAGGUCUAUCGGAAAUCCGUCAGCGCCGACGCCACUCACCACUCCGAUGUCCCCCAUUGCCGAUCAGUGUCCGACUCUGAUUACCACUACGCCAGGCAUCUCUCAGCCCCCUUCCCUCGGCGGAGGUCGUCUUCGUCAAGUGACCAUGGCCACAGCAGACUGGAUUUCGAAGUCUCAGACGUUUUCAUGUUUGGGUGUCCGUUAGCCCUCGUAUUAGUGUACCGCAAGAUGGUGAAUGCCGAAGAUAAGAACUGUAUGAUACAGAGACCAGCUUGCCAACAAGUGUAUAACUUGUUCCACCCAACGGAUCCGCUGGCUGUCCGCUUGGAGCCUUUACUCUCGGCCAGAUUUUCUCUACUCCCUCCAAUCACCAUUCCCCGCUACACAAAGUACCCUCUUGGAGAUGGGAACCCAACGCAUCUGCUGGAAUGCAUUCAGACUCAUGGAGAGGUGUUCCUGGACAUUGGAGGAGCCACCGGAUCUCCGUCUCUAGCAGGACAGACGCGGAGAAUGUCCGACGCCUCUAUUCUCUCCACCAUGUCAGGAAUGGCAGAUACUGUUCCUCUUGCAACAAUCAAUGCUUUGAGUCAGCGCUGGUGGGGAACGAAACGUCUGGAUUAUGCCCUCUACUGCCCUGAGGGCCUUGCGAACUUCCCAACCAACUCCUUGCCUCAUUUAUUCCAUGCGUCGUACUGGGAGUCCUCAGAUGUGAUUGCUUUCAUUCUCAGACAGCUGGUUCGAACAGAUCACGCAGCUCUCACCGCAGAUGACAAAGAUCUGCCAGUGUUCUCCCCCACACAGCCCAGGGAGAAAUGGAUGAAGAAGAGAACCUCUGUUAAGAUUAAGAAUGUUGCCGCCAAUCAUAGAGGGAAUGAUGUCAUUGUACGUGAAGGUGCCCCCCAGUGCAUACAAGCAAGAUUCAUGUAUGGACCUCUGGAUAUGGUUGCUCUCUCAGGUGAAAAGGUGGACAUUCACAUCAUGCGGGAUCCCCCAGGAGGGGACUGGCAGCAAAUAAGCACAGAAGUAACCGACAAGAACGGGCGCAUAUCUUUCACAAUUGCUCCAGAGAAAGCUCUUGGGUUUGGGAUGUAUCCCGUGAAGAUGAUUGUCAGAGGUGACCACACUAGUGCUACUCUUUACCUGACUGUUGUGCCCCCCAAAACCGAGUGUGUAGUGUUUAGUAUUGAUGGGUCCUUCACAGCCUCGGUGUCAGUAACAGGCCGGGAUCCUAAAGUUCGCGCAGGAGCUGUUGACGUUGUUCGACACUGGCAAGAACUUGGAUACUUGAUAAUCUACGUGACUGGCCGGCCAGACAUGCAGCAGCAGAAGGUUGUGUCCUGGCUGGCCCAACACAACUUCCCCCAUGGCCUUGUCUCCUUUGCUGACGGGCUCACAAGGGAUCCACUGGCACAUAAGGCGGAAUAUCUUCGAGGAUUGAUCCAAGAUCACGCAAUCGUCAUUGUAGCAGCGUAUGGAAGUUCGAAGGACAUUGCAGUGUACAACAGCAUUGGCUUGAAGACUGGGCAGAUUUACAUUGUGGGAAAGGCCAGCAAAAAGCAACAUGCAAAUGCACAGGUCUUAAGUGACGGUUAUGCUGCCCAUUUGUCCUCGCUGUCAGCCUUAGGCAAAUCCAGGCCUGCGAGAGGAAACCCACAGAUGGUCAUUCCCCGUGGAUUCUUCGGUCUGCCCGGCCAAAACAACGCUUUGAGGAGACGACGGUAA